AUGUGGCUGGGGUCGUACGCGACGCCCGAGGAGGCCGCGCACGCCUACGACGCCGCGGCGCGGCGCGUGCUGGGGCGCUGGGCCAGGCCCAACUUCCCCGACCCCGCGGCGCGGCGGCGGCCUACGGCGCUGUCAGCCGCGGUUGGGGCGCUCGAGGAUCUCGUGCGGGCGGCGCGCGCUGAUCAGGAGCCUGCCGCGCGCCAGCAGCAGCAGCAGCCGGCGCCCCGUGCGCAGGUGCCCUUUCCCCACUGGGCGGCGCCUGCGCUGGCGCCGGCGGGCGCGGCGGCACAGCCGCAGCGCCAGCAGCGCGCGGUGUUCACGUACCGGCACGCGGCCACUCCGUCCUCCCCCGCCGCCGCCAUCUACGCCGCAGCCUAUGACGGCCCGUUCUUUGAGGUGACCCUCCUGCCAAGCGCCUACGCCGCGGCGCCCGAGCUCAACCGUCCGGCGAGCAGCGCCGGGCCCGUCGGCGGCGCGUCGCUGUCCCCCUCGGCCGCCGCCCCGGAGCGCCUGAUCGAGCCUGAUCAGGCCGUGGUCGGGGACAACUUCACCGACGACGGCGCGUCGUCCUCGUCUGCUACGCGCGCCUUCUUCUGGUGA